AUUAUGCAAUUGUUGUCUAAGCGUGGGCUGAUAACAUUGGGCUUUAAAAGAUAUUUAUGACUGGAGUAUUUGCUUAAUACUCAAAACUUUUGAGUAUUUGCAAAACGGAUUUCAUGUUUAUAGAGUUUGUUAUCAAUGUGAAGAAGUUGACGCUAUUAUCUGAUGACAAGGAAUUUACAAAGCGUUUUAAAUUAUCACAACUGUUUAAAGCUCAAAAAGGAUUAAAGGACAUGUAGUGUUUAAAACUCCGUGGACAUACACAACUGGACUGUGUUACAUGUAUUGUGGACAAGGUGUGAGCUAAAACUGAAUUAACACAUCAUGCCGAGAGGGGAGGGGACCCAGCCCCUGGCGGAGUGGUCGCCCGGGGCCCGAACCUCAUACAAACAGAUGAUGACUUUCGACGAUAUGGACAAACUAUCACUGCCCUCAGAUGAUGGUGCAAGCAGUGUGUCUCCAGACCCCAGCGGCCAGGGUGGUUUCGGGAGGAAAAUAAAGGGUCGUAACCUGUUUUUCACAGAUGGGGAGAAGCGAGUGGACUAUGUGCUGGUGUGGGAGGUACCGGAAAAAGAGGACGAGAAAUCAGCGAGGGCCCAGAGUGCGCGGGAAAACUUUGAAAAAAACCUUGUGGAGGAGGGCCUCCAAUUGGAGUAUGACAAUGAGAGUGAAGAGAAUGUAAAAUUUGUGAAGGUACACGCUCCCUAUGAGGUUCUCACAAGGUACGCCGAGAUCCUCAAAAUAAAGAUGAAGAUGAAGAAGACAAUCAUCGCGGAAGACAUUCGACAGAAGUACUCGAAGUGGGAGGAGUCAGUUGAAAUGAAUCCUGUGAAGGCUGUGAGCACGACCUUGUGGAACUCCGUCUUGAAGGUGAAAGACGUUUGUCUCUCCCCGUUCAAACUGGACGAAACCCUGCUGCCCGAGAUUACGAAGGAACCAUCACUCGUGUACUCCCGAGACAAGGAGUACUUGUUUGACAUUCCGGAGCGACGUGAACUGUUCUUCAACAAUUCUGAAAGAUCGAGAAUUGUUGACUUCAUCCUGAGAAGGAAAGCUUUCGGAGAGGAUAAAAAUGAGGCAUUUACAUUUGGCAUCAAGAAGAUGUUAUCAGACGAAUAUUACACUGCUGCCUACCCACUACACGAGGGUCACUGGAAAGCUGGGUCAGCUAUGAACACCCGUAAACUGUUGUAUGAGAACUGGGCCCAUUGGAAAAAGGGCUUCAAGAUGCAGCCCCUUGAAUACAUCAGGAACUACUACGGUUCCCAGAUAGCCAUGUACUUCGCCUGGCUUGGUUUCUACACCCAGUUCCUCAUUCCGCCAUCAAUUCUCGGCCUCGCCAUCUUCCUGUACGGCAUCAUCUACAUGGACGACAGCUACCCAAGCAAGGAGAUUUGUGAUCCCUCCCUAAACAUGACAAUGUGCCCGCUGUGUGACUACAAGUGUGGCUACUGGAAGCUGAAUGCCUCAUGCGGAGACUCCACGUACUCCCGCAUGUUUGAUAACAACGCCACAGUGUUCUUUGCCAUAUUUAUGGCCCUAUGGGGUACACUGUUCCUGGAGUUCUGGAAGAGGAAGCAGUCUGUUAUCCAGUACAACUGGGACCUUGUUGAGUUUGUCAAGGAAGAGGAGCCGCCGCGGCCUGAGUACCUGGCCAGGUUAGCCAACUACCCGCGUAUGAAGGUGAACCCAAUAACCGGCAUGAAGGAGCCCCACCUGCCCUUCUUCAGGAGACGGUUACCCAUCUUCAUGCUCUCAUAUGGGUUCAUGCUUUUCACUAUGGCGAUUGCUAUAGGAGGUGUAGUGGGAGUGAUAGCGUACCGUGUGUCAACGCUGGCUGCCCUACAGCUGCUUGAGUCUAAAGAGCAAACUAAUGGGACGCUCGCAGAGACUCAGCACCUUAUAACGGAGAAUGCCAGCAUCAUCACCACCAUCACAGCAGCGUGUAUUAACCUGAUUCUCAUUAUCAUUCUGAACAUGAUCUACUCACGUGUGGCGGUUUGGCUGACAGACUUUGAGUGCCUGCGGACCCAGAGUCUUUACGAUAACAGCAUCAACAUCAAGCUGUUCUCACUCCAGUUUGUCAACUACUACUCUUCCAUCAUCUACAUCGCUUUCUUCAAGGGCAGACUUGUUGGCAGACCAGGGAUGUACAACAUGGCGUUUGGUGCCCGACAGGAAGAGUGCGGCGCAGGAGGAUGCCUGAUUGAGCUGUGUCUACAGCUGGCUAUUAUCAUGGCUGGAAAACAGAUCAUUCAGAAUAAUCUCCUUGAAAUUGUUCUGCCAAAGACCAUCAAGUUCCUGAAGCGUAUGUACCGUAAGAAGAUUAUGAAGGAGACAGAUGAAAAGAAGGCACGUAUGUCCGCCUGGGAGAAAGAUUACCAGCUGGCCGAACACACCUCGCUCUAUCACGAAUACCUGGAAAUGGUGCUACAGUUUGGUUUCCUCACCAUAUUUGUGGCUGCAUUCCCCCUGGGUCCCCUUUGUUGCUUGUUAAACAACAUCAUUGAAAUUCGAGCAGAUGCUCUCAAGUUCUCCACCGAUCUGCGCAGGCCUCUCGCUGAGAGGGCUUCAGAUAUAGGUAUCUGGUACGAGAUUCUGUACUCGAUAUCCCGGCUAGCCAUAGUCUCCAAUGCAUUUAUCAUAGCGUUGACGUCGGACUUCAUCCCACGGUUGGUGUAUGUGUAUGGGUACAGCGAGGACAAGUCCAUGAUCGGCUACACCAGGUGGUCACUGUCACAGUUCAACACGUCACACUUUGAACCGGACAAAUAUGUGUCGGGCGCUGACAUGUGCUGGUACAAGGAUUUCCGCUACCCUCCAGGUCAUGUUGACGACGCAGGGCAACUGAACCAGUACGAGUAUUCCGAUAAACACUGGCACGUCCUUGCAGCUAGAUUCGCUUUUGUCAUCCUCUUUGAAAAUUUAGUGGUUGUGCUGACAAGCCUUGUGGCAUACGCGAUCCCUGACGUCCCAGCGAAGGUGAAGAAGCAGAUUCGACGAGAGGCGUACGUCUCCAGUGAGAUUGUCAUAAAGACCGAAUUGGAUAAGGCGAGGGGCAAAAGCGUUGACGACAUUGUGCUGGGAAGCCUCGCUGCUAGGUUCAAGAAGGGUUUGAGCAGUGGUAACGGGUCGGAGUUACGUAAACGCACCAAUGAAAAGACAGGAGAGGUUCAAACUGUGGAUGAAACUGGGGUUUCGGUGUCGAACAUUUGAUGAAAGGAGUAGCAGAGGAUAUAAUUACGUACAGUCAUUAUGAAAUUUGAUAAAAGGAGUAGCGGAGGAGAUAUUUGUUAGGUCAUUAUGAAUUUGUUAUAGUCGAUUUUACCCAUACCUUGUGUGAUACGGCUCAAUUCGUCAGGGUUGUGUGAUAACCUAAAGUUUUGUGGUAUCGCGAAAUUUAUGACAGUAAGUUGAGUAAGGUUUAAGGUAUUUUAAGUGUUGUCUAAAUCAGUUUGUACCCAAUAUUCCAUGUUAUAAAUAAGUCAGUAUAUAUAUAUCGUAUUGGCAAUAUUAUGAACAAUUAAUUUGUGUAAUAAUACUUUAGAUUAAGUUCUUGUACCGAUUUAUUUACAAUGUACAUGUCAUGUGGAUAUUAUAAGGCUGCAUUUAGUCUGUCCUGUUAUGUCUAUAAAGGUAUGUCAUCCAUUAUAAGGAUGCAGAGAUGUGUCAUUGCAUUUAUGAUAAGCCAUCCAUCAUUAGGAUGCAAAUAUAUAUUUUAUUAGAUAUUAACAUCGAGAUUAUUUCUUUGUUUAAUUUAUGUUGAUUAACCAUUAUAUAAUUUUUGCAUGAAUUACAUUUUUGAAUGACAUCAUAAUGACGCAACAAUUAUGAUACGAUAUAUUCAAGGGAGGUAACAAAGCACAAUUUUGCUAUGAUUAUAAAGCAAUUUUAUUUUGCUUAAUUUGUUUCUUAAAUAACAUAAAACCUUAGGAUAUCAAUAAAAGCUUUUGGUGAAAAUUUGUAAAAUAUUCAAACUUAACAUUUUGCAACUUUACCAGUAGCAGUUUUUUUGUAUUAAGGAUGGAUGGCUUACCUUAAUCCACUGUUGGGUGUUGUAACUGGAAGUGGGAUCAAUUGAUUCAGAUAGUGUGAAUUUCAAUUGUUAUGUGACUUUAUAAUUUCAUGAAGUUUGUGAUUAGAAUAGGUAGUGCCUUCGUAAUUUAUAUGUUUCUGUCAACUUUUUCAAACUUCUGUUUUCAUGAUAUUAUCAUAACUACAUGUAUGGCACUAGGUAGAUUUCUUGGGUUGGAAACUGAGUUUUACCUUUGAUAUUUACAGUUUUUAACACUGUUAAAGGGACUAGACACCAGAUGAUACAAUUGCAAGAAAAAUGGAAAAUUGUCAACAUUUACAUAAAAUUGACAUCAUUGUGUACAACGCAUUGAAUCUUAAUUACAGAUGUACGACAUCGCUUAUACCACAUGGAUCUUUGCAGUUUUUGUGCAGUUUUCCUUUUCGAAAUUUACCUGGAUAAAUGUCUACCACGUAAAUUCCAUUAAGUUUAAAAAUAGCAUGGGCAUAUUUAUUUGUACUCAUAAACAGAUAUAAUGGGAAACCAUUUUGCGCUAUUUUUAAGAAAGAAAAACACAGAUGAGACAGUGACAUGAUUGAUGCAUUUAUUAUUUUAAUCAUGUAAAAUGAUGUAUUAUCAGCCUUCUUCUUGCUCGAAUUGACAAUUCUAGGCUUGUAAUGAGGAAAUAAUGUUUUUGCGGAAUUUUGGACAAUCUUGUGUCUAGUCUCUUUAAAACCUUUUGACCAAAUGUAUUUUUUGUUGUAUUUUGCUAGGUUGACUCAAUGGCCUGUAUAUGGUAUUUAGAUACUCUGAUUUCAUUUUUCAAAGUGUCUAUAUAUAACUCUCUUGUAUUUAAUACUUGUAUCAUGUGCAAUAUUAUUUUAACCAUAUCGUUUUAUAAUUAUUUGAUUUUAGAUGUUAAAAGGAGGAGGGGAAUAUAAUGCAGAUAUAGUAAUGUUUGUUUGUUUCCUACUGUGUAUGACCUCACUGAUCAAAUAAGCAAUGCUCCAAUUUCUGUUAGCAAUCUUAAGCAAAAUGGUUAAAGCUGGAUACGGGUGCUCUUUUUGUUGCUUUGACCUUUGUAAAAAUAAAUCAUUUUUGAAGACAUUGUUGAAGGUUAGUGUGAAAUACAUGCACAUUAUAGAUUCCUUUUUUUCAGUUUUGAAUUGGUAUAAAGUUGUAUUUUUUAUAAAAAAAACAGCUUCAUAUUCUUGUGCAAUUUAUGCUGAUUUUUUUAUUUUGUUUGUAAUUUAUACUUUAAUUCACAUCUUGUUUUCAGCAUUUCAGCAAUUGUGUAUGAUUUGUCUUCCCCAUUUGCUAACACUGCACGAUAGAAACUUGGAAAUUAAAACCAGUGUCUUUUUGUAAUUUGUAUAGUCUUCUACAGUUUCAUACUUUUAGUGUACGUUCUUGUUAUCAACCAAUGAACAACACAAUAUUGUCUACAGGCGCGUAGCUAGGGCCAAUUUGAAAUUAGGCAGAUGUCUUGGAGGUAGAUGUUUGAGGGGGUAUUCCAAAUUUGGGGUUUUUGGUAGGACAAAAUCUUUAACCUGUCAAAAUUUCAUUUCCCAUCUGAGAUUUAGCGUACAGUCAGCUAUGCACCUGAUCUAAGACAAACAAUUUCACUUAAAUUUUGCCAAAAUGACAUUCUUGCACUGGCUAUCUUUCUUGUAUUAUGUAUUAUGGUAUUCAAUUUAGUAUACCAGUACCAUAAUGUAGAUUUUAACAGAUGUGUAUUUUAAAUACCAUUUAAUUGAUAGUAGACUAUAUUUGUAAUGUAUGCAUGUUAAAUCAUUGACAUUUUUCUGUAAACAGUGAAUAACCUUUGUCCAUGCAUAAAACCACUUUUUCCCUUCGUAGUAUUUUGGGAAAUGUGUUUAAGUGUAGUUCUUCAAUUAAGAUACUGUUUUAUGAGCCCUGAGCCCCCAUGUCCGUACAGAAUGGAGCCCUGGGCCCCCAUGUCCUUACAGAAUGGAGCCCUGGGCCCUAUUUCAAUACAUAAUCUUUAGUUGUAUCUUCAAAUACUCUAAAUUUGUAGGGACGCCACAUGGUGCAACAAGUUUUUUUGUUUUUUUCGAUUUCCUCAUUUUUUAAAAAACUUUAAUUGAUUAAGUUUCACAUGAACUAGCAGUAUAAAAUAUAUGAUGCUAAGAUAAUUUCAAGAUACAACUCGAAUUUCAUUAAAAUGACUGCCUUUAAUUAAGCAUGCAUUGGCCAUUGGUCUUCUGCCAAGCAUUUGUCUUUCCAUAGCAAGCCUUCUUUGCCAUUUUUACAUGUGUAUGAAUCUCGUAUUUACCACAAUGGAUUUAUUACCUAUAUUUUAUACAAUAUAAUAGAAUUAUAAAAACAUUGCAAACUAG